GCGCUCUCCCUGCUCAGACGGCGCCGGGACCCCCGAGAGGAGCGGACCGGACCCGCCAGCCCCUGCCCGCCCGCCGUCACACAGCCCACCCGCGCCCUCCCAGCCCGCCAGGACUUCGGAGCAGCCCGCGGCUCCUUCCUCGUGUCCGAGCCGCCCCCGGGACCCCUCGUCCGCUAGCAAUGAGUUGCCAGGACCGCAGCCUCGUCCGCCUCGCCGCGCUCCUCUGCCUGUGCAGGCUGGCGCUCUCCACGUGCCCAGCAGUCUGCCAGUGCCCCCUGCAAGUGCCCAAGUGCGCCCCGGGAGUGGGUCUGGUCCUGGACGGCUGCGGAUGCUGCAAGGUCUGCGCCAAACAACUCAACGAGGACUGCAGCAAGAGCCAGCCCUGCGAUCACACCAAGGGGUUGGAAUGCAAUUUCGGCGCCAGUCCCACAGCUCUGAAGGGGAUCUGCAGAGCCCAGUCCGAGGGGAGGCCAUGUGAAUAUAACUCCAAAAUCUACCAGAAUGGAGAAAGCUUCCAGCCCAACUGCAAGCACCAGUGUACGUGCAUCGAUGGAGCUGUAGGCUGCAUCCCACUCUGCCCCCAGGAGCUCUCCCUCCCCAACCUGGGCUGCCCCAGCCCCCGGCUGGUCAAAGUCCCUGGCCAGUGCUGUGAGGAGUGGAUGUGUGAUGAGAGCAAAGAUGGCCUGGAGGACCUGGAAGGCUUCUUCAGCAAAGAGCUGGGUCUGGAUGCUUCAGAAGGCGAACUAACCAGAAACAAUGAGCUAAUUGCCAUUGUGAAAGGAGGGCUGAAAAUGCUGCCUGUCUUUGGAUCCGAGCCCCACAGUCAAACCUUUGAGAGUCCCAAGUGCAUUGUUCAAACAACUUCCUGGUCCCAGUGUUCAAAGACCUGUGGAACUGGCCUCUCUACCCGGGUCACGAAUGAUAAUCCUGACUGCAAACUUGUCAAGGAGAGCAGAAUAUGUGAAGUGCGGCCAUGUGGACAGUCAAGCUAUGGCUCCUUAAAGAAGGGAAAAAAAUGCACCAAGACUAAGAAGUCCCAAUCCCCAGUGAAGUUCACUUACGCUGGAUGCUCCAGUGUGAAGAAGUAUCGUCCCAAAUACUGUGGCUCUUGUGUGGAUGGAAGAUGCUGUACUCCUCAGCAGACCAGGACUAUCAAGAUCAGGUUCCGCUGUGAUGAUGGAGAAACUUUCACUAAGAACAUCAUGAUGAUCCAGUCUUGCAGAUGCAACUACAACUGUCCACAUGCGAACGAAGCUUACCCCUACUACAGACUCUUCAACGACAUCCACAAAUUUAGGGACUAAAUUGUGAUUGGGGUGGGAUGUUAACAGAGUUUAAGUAACAAGCAAUGGAAAACGGAACUUUUAAUGGUGGAAAAUGGUGCCUUGUCCAUGUGAGGGCAACAUUUGAGAUAAUACAAGAGUGCACUGUGCAACUGGACACUAAUGCAGCAGAGAUAUAAGCAUAUUUAAAGCUUCAUAAUAGUGGAGCAACUUCAUUGCUUCUUUUUGGAGCACCUUAUCAUAUUGAUAUACUGUUUUCUGUUUGUAACUGAUCAGAUAAGUCUUUGUUCUGGUUAUGAAAACUUUAAAUUUGUCAAUACUGUUCAGUUUUAACAUUAUGCUUCCCUCCCCACCCCACCCCCCAAACACAAGUUGGAAGUUACAUUCCUUCCUUAGGUGGGCACUUUGGAGUGUUCACUUGUGGCAGCUAUUAUGUACCAACUUUUGUUUAAUAGCAAACAGAAAUCAGUUGUUUUAAAGCUGAAUAUUUUAUUUAUCAAAAUGUAGCUUU